GAGUGCACUUUCAAAGCGUCAGCUAUCAUUCUGCCAUAUUUAUAAGCAUCCACUUAGGUAUCUAGCAGCUCCUCUCUCUCUCUAAACAAUCCCAAAAGACUACUGAAAAUCGUAGAACGAAAAUCAAAAUCUUCACAGCCAUGUCUGACUAUGCUCAAGAGCAGGAGAUGGAAAUCGAAGCAUUGCAGGCCAUACUCAUGGAUGAUAUUAAAGAAAUUGACUCCAGCGAUAGUGGGCUUAGCACGAAUAAUCAGUGCUUCCAGAUUACUUUGUCUCCACAGGAUGAUGAUUUAGAUGAAUCGAUUUACACUCCAGUUGAACUAGCUUUGAUUUUUUCACACACUGAAAAAUAUCCAGAUGAACCACCACUUCUGAAUGUGAAAAGUUUGCGAGGAAUAAAACCAGAAGAUCUUAAAAUUUUAAAAGAAAAGCUUCAGCGGGAGGCAUCUGAAAAUCUUGGUAUGGCUAUGGUAUACACGCUUGUUACAUCAGCAAAAGAAUGGUUGUGCGAAAAAUUUGGUCAGGAUGCUCAAGUUGAGGAGUCUGAGGAAAACGAUACAGCUAAAGAUGACAUAAUUAUACCACAUGGAGAACCAGUUACGGUUGAAACAUUUCUUGCAUGGAGAGAGCGGUUUGAAGCAGAAUUAGCACUAGAGCGAGCCAAGCUAAUGCCGGAGUCAGCUCUUACGGUGUCCAAGGAGAAGAAACUUUCGGGUCGUCAAUGGUUUGAGAGUGGAAGAGCUGUUGCGAAAGGUGCUGUGCAGGUUACUGAAGGGUCCGAGGGUGAGGAUGAGGAAGAUAUUGAAUUCGAUGACGACUUUGAAGAUGAUGAAGAAGAAGAUAUGCUGGACCAUUAUCUGGCAGAGAGGUCGGAGGUCUCAUCUCAGAGUUCUUCCAGGAAGUGAACCCCUCCAUCCCAGUGUUGUGAAGUGUCUUGACUCAUUACUACAGUGCCCAUAUGUAAGCAUGUGGGUAUUUUGUUGUUUAUGUGGAUUACUAAACACAACAUUCUAAGUUUUGGUUUUACUCUUUUGUACUCCUAUUUAGUGAAAUGAUGAGAAUUUUGGGCGUUUUCUUAGC